AUGCAACGUACGCAUGUGGCAGGUGUUGUGAACGUCGCUAAGGCUUGCCUGGAAGCGAAGGUGCCGCGGCUGGUUGUGGUAUCUUCAGGCGGCGUGGCUACCCCGGAUUCGUCCAUCUACAAGUUCCUUAACCUCUUCGGAGAGGGGGAGGAUCAGGACGUAUGCCACUACACCAUCGUCAGGCCCGGUGGCCUGACGUUAGACCCUCCAAGGGGUGUCACGGCCAUCGAGCUCAACCAGGGGGACACUAAGAGCGGCCGCAUCGCGCGGGCAGACGUGGCGCGCGUUUGCGUCGAGUCCAUCUACAGACUGCCAGUCGUGACCCCUGUGUUGAAACCAAAUUGCCACGAACCGCUUCGUCUUCACGUCAUGUCGAUUACCAGCCGGAACGCGGAGGACUGCACCUUCGAGUGCUACUACAAGGAUACUGCCAAACCGCUUGCGGCCGUGGGCGUUUCCAACAUCCUGAAGCAGAAAACGGACGACACCGCAAAGUCUUUCGGUACCGAGAGCACCGGCGACUCUUGGGACGCCCUCUUUUCCGGGUUGAAACGCGACGCAUAGAAACCCGGAAAAAGCAAUUGCU